AUGUUGAAAAUUCAAAUGCUCGAACAGAUCGUGACGAACGAGAACGUAAUCGACGAUGACGAUCAGCAGCGGCACGGUGGGAACGGUGCGGUCAGGGGUGGUGGUGGUGGUGCCGGUGCCCUGUCACCUGGUGGACAGCUAGCAGCCAGUUCCACACCCGGCAGUGCCAACCUCAGCCCGAUCGGCAUCAAAACUUCGCCGGACCGUGGUGGUUCCGGACCGGACGAUGAAACGCGCAGCCUGAAUCGUAGCGCACGCUUAUCACCACAAGGGCGUCAACAUAUGGGCGGGUGGACAACGGCAGCGGCAAACGCGAAACAGAAUGGUCUGUCCGCGGCGUCGAACGCACCGAGCAGCAAGAGCGCCACCACGAGCCCGGAUCGGUUGCGCGGCGCAACGCACGAUCUGUUCGAGCUGCUCGAACGCGUCCAAUGCUCGCGUCUGGACGAUCAGCGCUGCGUUCUACCAUCGUACUUCACACAGGUGCGUACCGUGAGCACGGGCACAAAAACUCGAAUGGUUUGCAUUAACACACGGAGUGCCGAUGAACGAAUCGCGAACCCGCACAGCGCGAAUGAGUCGACAAACAACCUUACCGUACAAAUACCCCAGUCGAUGGGUGGCGGCAACACGCGAUCACUGCUGCGCCACUCGAACAGCAUGUCGUCGAAUCCGCACUCGACCUCCAACUCGACACCGGCCUCGCCGCACCUGCUGUCGAACAGCUCCAGCGUCCAUCUGCAUCACAGCAACGGUGUCGGGAGCCUGCACCACCACCAGCAACAGCACCCACAGUAUCAGUCGCAGUCAUCGGUGAGCUCGCAGUCGUCGUCGAUCAUUUCGACCGUGCCGCCGGUCCAGCGGCUGCUGGAGGAUGCGCUCAGCAAACCGGCACCCCAUCCGAUGAUCGUCGUGCCGAACAGUGGCGGGUAUUGGGUGGACGGUACGGAUCAUGACGCUUCGUACGAGGUGCCCGCCCAUACGACCUGGCGCGUGGGAAAGAUCGAGUCGGACGACACGGCCAAAUGCUACCGACGGUUCUUCAUCUCGCGCGAGCACUCCAACCUGGUCGGGCAUGACGAUCAGCUCGGGCCGGUGCUGCUGUCCAUCAAGUCGGAGAACGUCGCCAGCCAGGAACACAUCCGGAUACUGUUGCGGCUGCGUACCGGCACGAUGCAUGAGCUGAUCCCGGCGUCCUGUCUCGGCAGCAGUCCGUCCCCGAUCAAGAUGGCACGGCUGCUGAACGAACAGAUCAACGUGGACACGUUCAUGCCGGUGCUGUGCCCGAAAGCGUCCGCACUGAUCGCGAGCUACGACGAACACGUGCUGGUGACGAACUUCAAGUUCGGCGUGCUGUACCAGCGUUUCGGCCAGACGACGGAGGAGGAGCUGUUCUGCAACAGCGAGACGACAUCGGCCUUUGACGAGUUCCUGGAUGUGCUCGGUCAGCGCAUUCGGCUGCGCGAUCACAAGGGUUACCGCGGUGGGCUGGACAUCCAGAACGGGCACACCGGCGAUACGGCGGUGUACGACGUGUUUAAGGAGCGUGAGAUCAUGUUCCACGUCUCGACCCUGCUGCCGUACACCGAGGCCGACCCGCAGCAACUGCAACGCAAGCGCCACAUCGGUAACGACAUCGUGGCGAUCGUGUUCCAGGAGGAGAACACACCCUUCUCGCCGGCCAUGAUCGCGAGCCACUUCCUGCACGCGUUCAUCGUGGUGCAACCGAUCGAACCAAACACGCCGAACUGUCGGUACAAGAUAUCGGUGACCGCACGGGAUGAUGUGCCGUUCUUUGGCCCAACGCUACCACAACCGUCCGUUUUCAAGAAGGGUCCGGAGCUGAAGGAGUUCCUCCUUACGAAGCUGAUCAACGCGGAGAACGCCUGCUACAAGGCGGACAAGUUUGCGCAGCUCGAGUUGCGCACGAGGUCCUCGCUGCUGCAGAAUCUCGUCGAUGAGCUGAAGGAGAAGACGCGCGAUUUUCUCGGCGCGGAUAUGGUUGGUGGUGCGGGCGGUGUGCCCACAUCUCCCACACCGGAGACACCCAAGUCGGAGGGUGGAUUUACGGGAUCUCGCUUUAUCGACACGGUUAAGAAGGCGCUGAACGCGAGGUUACGCUCCCAAAAUUCGGACCCCACCAACAACGGUAGCGGGGCGAGUAGUGUCGACACCACCAGCAAGCAUCACAACUCCAUGAAGAAGUCCAAGGACGGUACCAGCCUCGUGUCGGAUAUACCAUGCGGUCCGGGAGGAGCGGUCAAUAUUGGACGGUCACUGUCAAAGAGCAGCACUACUGGAUCGCGCAAAUCGCCCAACGAUUCGGUUGCAUCCUCGCCGGACAUCACCUCCCGAUGCUCCCUCAAUCCCACGCUCACCAACAACAACAACAGUAACGCUCCAAACAACAACAACAACAACACGAUCGGAAAGACCCACGCGAACGGUAACGCGAACAGCAAUGGCGCCGGCAACGGUACUGCCAACGCCGCUGGCAACAACAACAAUGGCCCGGUCGCCAUGUCCGAAACCAGUGACGAUUCCAGCCUGAACAGUGUUGAUCUCGAUCCGAUGGUUUUUCUCCCAACGGUAGAUGCUGGUGCGACGUACAUCGAUAGCGACACGGGUCUCGAAUCCAUGUCAUCGGCGGAUGCCACCACGAAGGCCUGUUCGCUCUGUCUCGACGGUACGGGUUCCACGAACGGGGGUGGUAGCGUCGUUAGCGUUAGCAUCAGUGGCGCAAGCGUUACGAUCGACGGCAGCGGCACUACUAGGGAGCUGCGGAACAGUGGUGGUAGUGCGAGCUCUGGCACGGGAUCUACGGCCAGUGCCGGGUGCGGCGGUAUGGUCGGUGGUGUGCAGGGUCAGGGUGUGCUAGCGCAGGAAACGCUCCAGCAGGUGGAAGGCAUGCGGCAAGAGAUAACGCGCCUGAAAUGUGAUAAAUUGGAUCUCCUUCGGCAGAAUGUGACCUGCCAACGUGACAUCAAGCGUCUACGUGAACGUGAAUUAUCGCUACAAGGUGACCUGGCUGCCGCCGGCAAAGAGAUCCUCCGAUUACGCGACCUACUGAAGGAAUGCUUACCGACCGCGGUGGCCGACCCGAUCUAAAU